AUAUUCUCAACCAAAAAAAAAAAAAAAAAACGAAGGGUUCACGCCUCUCGCUCUCGAUCUCUCUCCCGAUCUCUCGAAGCGAAACCCUAAUCGAUCCCUCCCCUCUCUCUUGUCUCUCUAUCUCCGAUCGAAGAAGGGAUUUGGGUUCGUCGGAUCCGUCGCGGGGGAGGAGGAGGAGGAGGAGAUGUCGUACGCUUACCUCUUCAAGUACAUCAUCAUCGGCGAUACAGGUGUUGGGAAAUCAUGUCUGCUUUUGCAAUUUACGGACAAGCGGUUCCAACCGGUGCACGACUUAACAAUCGGUGUUGAAUUUGGGGCUAGGAUGAUCACGAUUGACAACAAGCCCAUAAAGUUGCAGAUAUGGGACACGGCAGGCCAAGAAUCCUUCAGGUCAAUUACCCGGUCAUACUACAGAGGGGCUGCUGGUGCACUUCUAGUAUAUGAUAUCACCAGGAGGGAGACCUUUAAUCAUCUCGCAAGCUGGCUAGAAGAUGCGAGGCAACACGCAAACGCAAACAUGACCAUAAUGCUGAUUGGAAACAAAUGUGAUUUGGCACACAGAAGAGCUGUUAGUACUGAGGAAGGCGAGCAGUUUGCAAAAGAUCAUGGGUUAAUCUUUAUGGAGGCCUCUGCAAAAACCGCUCAGAAUGUGGAGGAGGCGUUCAUCAAAACUGCUGCGACUAUAUACAAGAAAAUCCAGGAUGGUGUCUUUGAUGUGUCCAAUGAGUCGUAUGGAAUAAAGGUCGGGUACGGAGGAAUCCCCGGCCCAUCCGGAGGGAGGGAUGGCUCGUCUUCUCAAGGCGGCGCCUGCUGCAGCUGAGUUUCUCUAUCCGUAGCGGCUUCCUCCUGUGACUGCUAUUUCUUAUUUGUUAUCUUUUCUUUUGUUUGACGAAAUAUAGUUCCUUCGUGGUGAUUAGUUGCUACUGCAAUAUUUGUGGACCUUGGAACUGAAUCAAACUGUGCAGCUAUUAUAUAUAUACAACUCUUGUUGGUAAAUACUCUGUAAUACUUGUGUAAAUGUGAUUGAAACUCGUUCUCUAGUUUCUACCCACGUAGCUGUUUGUUUUA